GGUUCCACGUUGUUGACAUUUUGUAGGGUUACACGUGUGCUAUUCAAGAAAGUGGACCCAUUUGUUUCCAGGGUUGUUUGGACAAUGAAAGUGUUUAAAAGCAGUCUAUUCCAUUACGAUAUGACACUCAUAGUAUCGUUAGCGAUCAGUUUUAUAGCAACAUUUCCAGCUGCAACUUUAUGCUUCGAAAAUGAACAGGGCAGUGUUGCAGACGACACGAAAUUUGAUCCGUCGAAAAAUUUCUACAUGUAUGACGUGUAUGAUCUGAAAGGAAAGCUGGUACCAUUGAAAAGGUAUAUGGGAAAGGUAUCCCUGGUGGUGAAUGUGGCCAGUGAGUGUGGCUACACAGAUCCAACAGUGUGGCUAAAACUGAAGGGUUCACUGGUGGUGAAUGUGGCCUUGUGGCUAAAACUGAAUGUUGUUCCCUGUAACCAGUUUGGUUCUCAAGAGCCUGGGAGCAGUACUGACAUCGACCAGUUUGUGAAGCGCAAGUACAAGGUGAACUUCCCCAUGUUUGCCAAGGUCAACAUCACUGGUGACAGUGUACCCGAGGCAUGGAAACUGCUUACUGCUGAGGCGGGUAAAUCCCCCACAUGGAACUUCUGGAAGUACUUGGUCAAUGGCAAGGGACAUGUGGUUGAUGCCUGGGGGCCCUGGGUAGAUGUUGAUGACAUCAAAGGAGCUGUACUGGAUGCAGUGGAAGAGUUAAUGCCCUUUGAUCUUCCGUACCAGGCACACCAUGAUGACCAUGAACACGACCAUGAAGAGUUGUGAGGAGAUCCGUGUGUGAAACCAGGGCCACAAGACAAACACUGAGUAACAUUGUCUUGAUGCGUCAUCUCAUUCCAUUGAAAUAUACAAUAGUUUUAUUACUAUUAACAUGGUAACCCAACAAUCUGCUCAUCAAAAGCAGCAAAAUUUGUAUGCUUUAAAUGAUGAAGGACAGGAAAUUGUAAUCAUUAGUAUGAGGUUACAAGUUAUUUAAUUGGUACAACAGUGGCCUGUAAAUUGUAAAUGUUGGGCACCAGUUAAUUGUCUGGAAAUGUUCGUCUGGUAUUAUUGUAUAUUUCUCUGUCACUUAUAAUCUUUAAUUCCAGAUGGUAUUUUUGAGGGAAACAUUUUACGUCCAUGUGUUACUUAGUUUCAGUGUAGAUCUUUCCACAAAACUGUGUUCACCAAAACUUACUGAAGAUGAAUUUGGUGAAUACACUAAGUAAUUUGUUUGCUACGAAAGUAAGCAUUUAAAAUUAAGUUAUCAUCUGUGAAGUGGGGUUUUGGUAAAACUAGAAACUUGUCUUAGUGUGACCCUUGUAAACAAUAUUUACAAAUUUCACAAUGACCUCUAUAGUGUUGAAUAUUGACUGUUCCAUUAGGGAGAAACUAUUUCUUUCUACUCACCAUGUUCCAGUUUAAGCAGAAGCUUGUUCAUGAAUUACAAAUUGAAACCUAGUACAGUGUAUAGUGAGAAGUGACAUCUGAGUGUACAAUGAGGUAUUGUUUCUUUGGGGUUCCAUGUUUUGGGACAUAUGACUUGAAUCCUUUUCGUUACUUAGUAUUAUCAUUAUGCCACCUAUGUAGUCGAUAGACUCUGUUGUGUGCAUCAACCCAAGGAACGGAACUCAACAAUGAUUGAAAGGGAUCUUAUGUGACCACAUUCUGUUGUUGGCACGGUUACUUGUUAAAAUUAUUUCUACUAAAGUCUUCCCUUAAUGUUAAGGCAUGUUAAUGCAAACAAUAUAAGACAAAAGACUACACCUUUCUACUGAAAAGUCCCAUGUAUGUUGAGAUAAUUUCAGGGAAUCCAUAACUGUUUUUUAUGAUCACUGCCAAUCCCAUGAAGAGAUGAAAUAGUUGCUCCAUGUACCUUUCCAGGGAUGUGCCUUCUGUUUAAUUGAUGGUGGCAUCAGUGGUAGUGUUGUCACUGUCAACGCUUGGUGCUGUCUCCAUGUUUGUCUUUUCCGUCCAUUUACUGCUCAUAAUCAAAAUAUCAUGUACUAACUUUUGAUCCUUUUGAUGAUUUUUGUCCUAUUAUUUGCCUGUUAUUUGUCUGAUUUUAAUAACACACUCAUGCGGUGUUGUGAUGCUGCUAUUUACUAUUGCAUAUUUACUCUAAUGGCGACUUCAUUGUGUCCAGUGUAUUUCUGGGCACAGUAUUUGGUAUGUUCAUGAUGUCAGUAUCCUGUUUUAUUACAUAACUACUUAGUCAUAUGAUAGCAAAACAGCAUUGUAGUACAGCCAGCUGGGGCAAAGUCCAUGUUAUACUCUGAUUUCUGUAUUGCACAGCUGCCAGAUCUUGAACUUGGCCUUGAACUUGAACACUACUUUUCAAAAUCAUUUUACAUGCAAUGCAACCUCUAAAGAGUGUCCCAGAAGAAAUGAACGAUUGAAACAUAGUUUAUGAAUGGAAGUUUAUUUGUGUCAGAUAUUAUUCUGUUGUGUGUCUUUCGUGAUCAGAACCUGACACUAGAUUGAUGAUAUUAAGCGAGGAAUGUCAUGUCAUAUCUACAGGUGUGAUACCCCUUGUGCUGAGUGAUACUCAGGUCAGAGUAAAUUCAAUGCAGAAGUUUCAAUAGUACCACUUAGAGUCAGAUUGAUAGUCUUUGCCAUGAACAGGGUAUGUGAUACAUAUAGAACAUCAUAUCCUAAGAUGUCCUGGUAGGAGAGGAACAACUUGUUCAUCAAACUCAUUGUUCCUCUCCCCCCCCCCAUUGCCUCUUGUUAUUCAAUACAUCAGGUCCACUAGUAUCCUAUAUAUGCAGGCAUUGUAGGUGGUGUGUCACAGAAGUACUUAUGCAGCCCCCAACACAGUAUUAUCACAUGUGCCAAAUAUUAUCCUGAUAUUUUAAGACACAUUGAUGGUCUAUUUACCUAAUGUGACUAAAGAAUAAAUGUUUUUACCUUCAUCAA